GCGAGGCGGGACCCCGCUCGCAUACGGUGAUUAGCGCCAAUGGCAGCAGGUCAGAUGAUGGGACCUCGUCCAGUUCAUCCAGCACCUCAAGCCCAAUGGAGACCUCGUCCAGUCCAUCCAGCACCUCAAGCCCAAAGGAUACCUCGUCCAGUCCAUCCAACCCCUCAAACACAACAGAGAACUCAUCCAGUCCAUCCAACCUCUCAAACACAACAGAGAACUCACCCAGUCCCUCGAACCCAACGAAGAACCCGCUAACAAUCCAAGAUCCACCAAGCCAACUGAAGGAGAUCCACUCUAUCCGCCUGAGCUCAGCUUUAGCGGCAAUCAAUGUCAAGGCUCCAAAGCAGGAAGAGGGAGUAGUGGAACUUUUUAUCCAAUACACCAGUGUGGAAUGCAGGGGUAACAAACGAUGGAAUUGCAGCAGACAUAGAGUUACCAGUUGCUCUCAACAGGACUUCUUCUUCUGGCAAUGUGUAGAGUCUAGUUGCAAUGAUGAGACGAAGUAA